AUGGCAUCUCUGGCCGACACUGCGCUCAAACAGCGCCAUAUCAGCCUUCUUAAGAGCACUGACGACCAUACACCCCACCGUCAUUAUCACAGCAACGCAGACUUUGACGACAAACACCACCACAUUGAACAUGACCUCAAUAAGAAGCACCUCGGGAGGUACAAGAGUGGCCUACAUGCCCUUUACUCUAACUUGAACCAGCACCACCCUCGCCUCUCAGCAUGGCUCCUCUACCUGGCCUUCCUUUUUACACUCGCCUUCGUGGCCUUCCAAGUCCACUACGCCUUGCCAACACCAGUUUCAUCUGAAGAAGGCGCCAUCAUUGACCCUGUGACGGGCCAGUACAGAUUUUCGGAGGAGAAUGUCCGAAGGGUUGUAAGACAUCUUUCAGAGGAUAUUGGCUACAGAAUUGUAGGGACAGAGCAGGACCUGGAGACGCAGGCGUACUUGGUCAGGGAGCUCACCGUCCUUAGGGAGCAGGCACAGAGGGAGAGCACCAAAAGAUCCGGUGCAGAAACGGAGAUGCAGCUGCCCAAGUUUGAUAUGUGGGUCCAGGUGGCAGAUGGGUCGCACCAGUUUGACUUCAUGUCCAAAGUGGUCAUGAAGAUGUAUACCAACAUGACGAACAUCAUCGUGCGUCUCUCGUGCGGCCCCGAGUGCGACCAGAGCGCUAUUCUGCUGAAUGCCCAUUACGAUACGACAUUGGGAAGCCCAGGAGCAGUCGAUGAUGCUCUUCCGAUCGGAGUUAUGAUGGAGCUUAUUCGUAUACUCAGCCAGCGUCCGGCACUCAGGAAGAACAGUCUAAUCUUUUUGUUUAAUGGAGGGGAAGAGUCUCUUCAGGAUGCUUCUCACUCCUUUAUUACUACCCACGAGCUACGAAACACAAUCCGUGCAGUCAUCAAUCUUGAGGGUUGCGGAACCACAGGCCCAGAGAUCCUCUUUCAAGCCAACUCUCGGGCCAUGAUUGAUGCCUACCGCAAAGUCCCAUACCCCCAUGGCACCGUCAUGGGCAAUGAUCUGUUUACAACCGGGAUUGUUCUUUCUGAUACGGAUUUUCGACAAUUUGUGGAUUACGGUAAUCUGACAGGACUCGACAUGGCCGUGUACAAAAACAGUUAUCUGUACCAUACGCAUCUGGAUCUCGACGGUUACAUGGAGCAAGGCCUUCCGCAACAUCUCGGAGAGAACACCCUGGCAUUAGCGACGUAUUUGGCAGAUGAAGUUGAUCUUGCGGAGGGGUUGGAGCACACCAAAGCUGUGGUGUACUUUGAUGUCCUUGGACAGUUUUUCGUCUCAUACUCUAUGGAGGCAGCAGUGUGGUCCCAUGCAGUUGUCGGCGCGUUGGUCGUCUUCACAUUGGUCAUUGGCGCCAGUCGACCAACGGUGCGAUCGAUCACCUCGGUCCUGCUCUCCUUUGCUGCCGCAUUACUGUCCCCUGUGCUAUCGGCUUUUGUGAUUCAAGCGCUUGGCAAAUCCAUGGUCUGGUUUUCGCACGAGUGGCUCCCGGUGAUCAUGUUUGGGCCCUUGGGGGCGGCAGGGAUGCUGUCCAUUCAGCUGGCAUUUCACAGUAAGGAGUCGAGCCGAGGUGCGAAUGAACUGAGUACACUUUCGGGCGUUCAGGUUGUAUAUACAGUUGUCAUGGGGCUCGCUUCUCUACUCAGGAUUGCCAGUAGCUACUUCCUGGCGAUGUAUUCGCUCUUUACAAGUGUGGCGUUGCUAUUCAAUUACAAGAGAACGAUGGCACAGAGACGGGAACGCGGCUCAGGCAUCGGUGGCAUGGACUAUGCUACGUAUUUUGUGGCAUCAGCGAUUCAGACGCUUUAUUUAUCGCAUUUGGGAUUCAGUCUAUUUGAUCUCAUCGUACCGCUGACAGGACGAAUUGGCGUUGAUGCGCCCGUCGAUCAUAUCAUCGCAAUUAUGACAGGGUUCGGAGUCUUUUCGUUUAAUCCUGCACUUCUUGCAUUCUCGCACCGAUUCGGCCGUGCCUCGCUACGAAGGAUUGUCUCGGGACUCUUGAUUUUUCAAUUGGCGAUACUCUUGGUCGCUGCGGUCCUGAUGUCGCCCUACGAUGUCCUGCAUCCGAAGCGCAUAUUUGUUCAGCACCUUCGAAACAUGUCUUCUGGCGAGUCACUCAUGUAUGUCGCUCACGCAGAUCCGGGCCCAUUUUACACACCGUACAUCUCACAAAUCGAGUCCCUUUUUGAGACCAAGUCUACCUUCAAGAGCGGGUCCGAUAAUCCGGGCGACUGGAACGCCAUCUACCCGUUCAAUCAGUUCCUGGACUCGUACGUCUUCGAUACCGCGCCUUAUAUUCGUAAGCACACGACCAACUCGACGCUCACAAACUCGGAUGUUCCGCUCACAGAGCUAAUCCAAGCCCCUCCAAAGCUCAUCGCCGAGAACGUGUCGUACAAUCCCGAGACAGGACUUCGAAAGCUUACCAUCCUGUGCACUCAUCCGAACUAUAUCUGGACGGUUACGACAUUCGAUGCAGAUGUAGUCUCUUGGUCCAUGCAGUUGGAAGUGCCCUCGAAGAAACGGUUUCGUUAUGUGAUCCGCAAUGCAGGUGGAUACUUGACGGAUGGCUGGAGACUGGAUCUAGAGUACCGGGCAAGUGGGCCGGACGACAGGCUACGCGUGGAGCUGACAGCGAUGGAGACGGAAGGCUUUGGCAAGGACGUGGAGAGGGAACUUCAGGGCAGUGGAGAUGUUGGGGUGAUGCGCAAGCUGGUCAAGGCACGUCCAGCCGAUGUGAGUCUCACGUAUUUCAGUGCUGUGCUUAGCAACUUUGAACUGUGA